AUCCCCGCGACUGCAGCAGCGCCGGCUCCCUCUCGGUCCCCGCCUCGGCCCCGGGCUCCGAAGCGGCUCGGGGGCGCCCUUUCGGUCAGUGUCGUCGUCUACCCCCUCCCCAGCCCCAGCCCCUGGGGACCCAGGCUCGCCAGCGCCCAGCCAGGGAGCCGGCCGGGAAGCGCGAUGGGGGCCCCUUCCGCCCUGCCCCUGCUCCUGCUUUUCGCCAGCUGCUGGGCGCCCGGCGGGGCCAACCUCUCCCAGGACGGCUACUGGCAAGAGCAGAAUUUGGAGCUGGGGACUCUGGCUCCACUCGAAGAGGCCAUGAGCUCCACAGUCUGGAGCAGCCCUGACAUGCUGGCCAGUCAAGACAGUCAGCCCUGGACAUCUGAUGAGACAGUGGUGGCUGGUGGCACCGUGGUGCUCAAGUGCCAAGUCAAAGAUCAUGAGGAUUCAUCCCUGCAAUGGUCUAACCCUGCCCAGCAGACUCUCUACUUUGGGGAGAAGAGAGCCCUUCGAGAUAAUCGGAUUCAGCUGGUUAGAUCGACGCCCCAUGAGCUCAGCAUCAGCAUCAGCAACGUGGCCCUGGCCGACGAGGGUGAAUACACUUGCUCCAUCUUCACUAUGCCCGUGAGAACUGCCAAGUCCCUCGUCACCGUGCUCGGAAUCCCACAGAAGCCCAUAAUCACUGGCUACAAGUCAUCGUUACGGGAAAAGGAUACAACUUCCCUAAACUGUCAGUCUUCUGGGAGCAAACCUGCAGCCCAGCUCACCUGGAGGAAGGGUGACCAAGAGCUUCAUGGGGAACCAACCCGAAUACAGGAAGAUCCCAAUGGCAAAACCUUCACCGUGAGCAGCUCAGUCACUUUCCAGGUCACCCGGGAGGACGAUGGGGCAGACAUUGUAUGCUCUGUGAACCACGAAUCUCUCAAGGGAGCUGACAGAUCCACCGCUCAACGCAUUGAAGUUUUAUACACACCAACAGCGAAGAUUAGGCCAGACCCUCCGCAUCCCCGCGAGGGCCAGAAGCUGUUGCUCCACUGCGAGGGGCGUGGCAACCCCGCCCCCCAGCAGUACCUAUGGGAGAAGGAGGGCAGUGUGCCGCCGCUAAAGAUGACCCAGGAGAGCGCCCUGAUCUUCCCCUUCCUCAACAAGAGUGACAGCGGCACCUAUGGCUGCACAGCCACCAGCAACAUGGGCAGCUACAAGGCUUACUACACCCUCAAUGUGAACGAUCCCAGUCCGGUGCCCUCAUCCUCCAGCACCUACCACGCCAUCAUUGGUGGGAUCGUAGCUUUCAUCGUCUUCCUGCUGCUCGUCCUGCUUAUCUUCCUUGGCCACUACUUGAUCCGGCACAAAGGAACCUACCUGACACACGAGGCGAAAGGCUCUGACGAUGCCCCAGAUGCAGACACAGCCAUCAUCAACGCAGAAGGCGGGCAGUCGGGCGGGGACGACAAGAAGGAAUAUUUCAUCUAGGGGCAGCCCCCCAGGGACCCCGUGGGGACUGCUGGGGUCAUCACCAACCUGGACUUGUACAGAGCGACCCCAGGGCCGCCCCUCCCGCUUGCUCCCCAGCCCCCCCCCCACCCCCCUGUACAGAAUGUCUGCUUUGGGUGCGGUUUUGUACUCGGUUUGGAAUGGGGAGGGAGGAGGGCGGGGGGAGGGAGGGUUGCCCUCAGCCCUUUCCGUGGCUUCUCUGCGUUUGGGUUAUUAUUAUUUUUGUAACAAUCCCAAAUCAAAUCCGUCUCCAGGCUGGAGGGGCAGGGGGUCCUGGGGUGAGGAAAGCAAACAACAA